CGUGGAAUGCGCCUGAACCGCUCCCUGGUUUGAGCGGCUUCCUCCCCAAGUCUAAGCCUGCCCCUGGUUUCUUCCCCUCGCGCGUAUUUAAACCCAUUUUCUCCUUCCCUAUUUCGUCACAUUCAGCUCAAAACCUUUUUCUGUUCUUUUCUUUCCUGGUUUUGAAAUCGAUGGAGAACACCGUCGGAUCGGUGGACGCCCUGGCGAAGGCGGCCGGGAACGUCGGGCUGGGGGGCGCUCCAGCCACGCACUGCCAUCCGGUGGAGCCGGCGGCUCCCGCCGGGGAGGCGACGCUUGGCCGCCACCUGGCGCGUCGCCUGGUCCAGAUUGGCAUCCGUGACAUAUUUACGGUUCCCGGCGACUUCAACCUUACCCUCCUCGACCACCUUAUCGCUGAGCCGGGGCUCAAUAACAUCGGAUGUUGCAACGAGCUAAACGCUGGGUACGCCGCCGAUGGCUACGCUCGCGCGAACGGUGUCGGUGCCUGCGUCGUCACGUUCACCGUCGGCGGCCUCAGCGUCCUUAAUGCUAUCGCUGGCGCAUACAGCGAGAAUCUCCCUGUUAUCUGCAUCGUCGGCGGCCCUAAUACGAAUGAUUACGGGACUAAUCGGAUCCUGCAUCACACCAUCGGUCUCCCAGAUUUCUCUCAGGAGCUUCGAUGCUUUCAGACCGUCACCUGCUAUCAGGCGGCGGUGAAUAAUUUGGAUGAUGCUCACGAGCUCCUCGACACAGCGAUCUCCACUGCUCUCAAGGAGAGCAAGCCGGUUUACAUCAGCAUCAGCUGUAAUCUUCCCGCUAUCCCCCAUCCAACCUUUAGCCACGAGCCGGUCCCCUUCUACCUUAGUCCCAGAUUGAGCAAUCAGAUGGGUCUAGAGUGCGCGGUGGCUGCAACUGCUGAGUUCUUGAACAAGGCGGUGAAACCGGUGCUAGUCGGCGGGCCAAAACUGAGGGUGGCUAAGGCCGGAGAAGCUUUCGUCGAGCUUGCUGAUGCAUGUGGCUAUCCUGUAGCUGUGAUGCCGUCCGCAAAGGGUUUAGUACCAGAAAACCUCCCCAGGUUCAUUGGCACCUAUUGGGGCGCGGUCAGCACAGCGUUCUGCUCAGAAAUUGUGGAAUCUGCAGAUGCCUAUCUCUUUGCAGGUCCAAUCUUUAACGACUACAGCUCCGUCGGUUACUCCCUUCUCCUCAAGAAGGAGAAAUCCAUCAUUGUUCAACCUGACCGAGUUAUCGUGGCCAAUGGCCCGGCUUUUGGCUGCAUUCUUAUGAAGGAUUUCUUCCAUGCUUUGGCCAAGAGGCUCAAGAAGAACACAACAGCCCAUGAGAACUACUGCAGGAUCUUUGUGCCUGAGGGUCAUCCCCUUGAGUCCAAGCCCAAGGAGCCUCUGCGUGUGAAUGUUCUCUUCAAGCACAUUCAAAGCAUGCUCUCUGGUACCAAUGCCGUGAUUGCUGAGACUGGAGACUCGUGGUUCAACUGCCAGAAGCUCAAGUUACCGGAGGGUUGCGGGUACGAGUUCCAGAUGCAGUAUGGCUCCAUUGGCUGGUCUGUUGGCGCCACCCUUGGCUACGCCCAAGCUGCCAAGGAUAAACGUGUCCUCGCCUUCAUUGGUGAUGGAAGCUUUCAGGUCACAGCUCAGGAUGUGUCAACAAUGAUAAGGUGUGGGCAGAACACCAUCAUAUUCCUCAUCAACAAUGGAGGUUACACCAUUGAGGUCGAGAUCCAUGAUGGACCUUACAAUGUGAUAAAGAACUGGAACUAUACUGCAUUAGUGGAUGCCAUACACAACGGGGAGGGGAAAUGCUGGACCACGAAGGUGCUGUAUGAGGAAGAUCUCAAGGCGGCGAUUGAGACCGCGACUGGAGCUAAGAAGGAUUGCUUGUGCUUCAUAGAGGUGAUAGUGCACAAGGAUGAUACGAGCAAAGAGCUUCUUGAAUGGGGUUCCAGAGUCUCUGCAGCCAACAGCAGGCCACCAAAUCCUCAGUAAAUAGUAUUUACUUGCCUAGCUUCUAUGAGUUGGUAGAUAAUCAAAUUAGUGAGUUUCCAUGUUUUCUGAGUUUUGCAUGUAUAAACGCUGCCGCAAUUUGCUUGUUAUGCUUGUUUCUGUUCCCUUUGUAAUCUUGGUCAAGGCAUCUUUGAACUGGUAAGUUUUUUGCUUGCAUAUCAAUCUUAGUUGUUAAAAUAA